AUGAGUGUGGCUCAAGCAAACAUUGACAAUGAUGAAGCAAAUGAUCCAUUGAAUCAACCAAAUGCAUCUACAAAACAAACAGAAAAAGCAACUUCAAAUUUUGAUGAAAAAUUAUUUAUACAUUUUACACACGAAAAACGUUUCCAAUCAUAUCGGGCAGAUAUGCACCAAAUAUACACAGACGUCUUUCAACAAACAGCAGCCAUGUAUACACGAUUGAUCGUUGGUAAUCGGAAUCGUCGCGAGUCUCAAAAAGAACUGAUACGAAAGUGUCCAACAGAAGGAAUAUUACAAAAUAAAAUAACAAAGAAACCAAAGAAACAAAAGAUCACAACAAACUGA